AUGAGCCCCAAAAUAUGCAAGAACUGCGGCGGCUCGGACAUCGAUGUGGAUCAGGCGCGAGGCGACGCCGUCUGUAUGACGUGCGGCUCCGUGCUGGAGGACAACAUCAUCGUGUCCGAGGUGGAGUUCGUAGAGACGGGAGGAGGAGGAUCAUCGGCCGUUGGACAGUUUGUCUCUGCAGACGGUGGAAACAAGAAUCCCUCUUUUGGAGACGGACACUUCACAGGUGUGGGCAGAGAGUCUCGAGCUCAGACGCUGCAGAGAGCGAAGCAGAGCAUCAACACUCUGGGCCGCCAGCUGCAGAUGAACCAGCACUGUCUGGACACCGCCUUCAACUUCUACCGCAUGGCUCUCGGUAAACAGCUGACCCGCGGUCGCAAAGCCUCGCACGUCAUCGCCGCCUGCCUCUACCUGGUCUGCCGCACCGAGGGGACGCCACACAUGCUGCUGGACCUCAGUGAUCUCCUGCAGGUCAACGUCUACAUCCUGGGAAGAACUUUCCUCGUCUUGGCCCGAGAGCUGUGCAUCAACGCUCCGGCUAUAGAUCCGUGCCUCUAUAUUCCUCGUUUCGCCCAGCUGCUUGAAUUCGGGGAGAAGAACCAUGACGUUUCCAUGACGGCGAUGAGGCUGGUGCAGAGGAUGAAGAGGGACUGGAUGCACACGGGACGACGGCCGUCUGGACUCUGCGGAGCGGCUCUUCUUGUUGCAGCACGUAUGCACGAGUUUCGCCGCACCAUCAAAGAAAUCGUCGGUGUCGUAAAAGUGUGUGAAAGCACGCUGAGAAAAAGACUUACAGAGUUCGAGGACACUCCCACCAGUCAGCUGACCAUCGAAGAGUUCAUGAAGACGGAUCUGGACCAGGAGUGUGACCCUCCCUGCUUUACAGCCGGACUGCAGAAGAAGAAAGCCCACCAGCUGGAGAUCGAGCUGAAGAAAAAGAUGGAUGACGUUGAAGAUGAAAUUCAGAGCUACCAGGAUGAAAUCGACACGGAGCUGCAGAACAGCAGACCCAAACUGAGAGGAGUUUACGCCGCCUACGCCAAAGAAGACGCUGGAGACGACAUUGACAACAUCGUCUCCACGUCGUCUAAGCUGGAAGAGAACGAGGAAGCGGACGAGGAGGAAGAAGAAGACGUGAUUCAGGCCGUGGCCAAACACUUUGGCAAAGAGCUGGGAGAUCUCACGCUGGAGGCUCUGAUAAAACUCGAGCAGAAGACGCCAGAGGAGGAAGAGGAGGAGGAGGAAGGAGAGGAGGGGGGCGUCCCGAAGAGAAAAGGCCCAACGCUGGCCAACAUCCUGGGCAGGAUGCCGACAGCUGCCACUCUGGGUCUCAACGAGUCCAUCAGCAAAUGUAUGGGAGAGGAGAAGGAGAACGCAGCAACGCGUCUGGAUUAUAGAGACGAGUCGAUCAUCUGA